CGCCCGUCGCCCGUGCGGAGUUGUAGCGCGUUUUGAAACUUUUUUUUUUAUCGAAAGCAAUCCAACUUGUUGCCCGUUUACCUGCUAGUGUAAAAAUACAAUAAACUUUAAUGUUUUUUGUCCCAGUGCUGUGAAGUUACUUUGUGAGGUUAAACAGAUGUUAGAAGCGUGCUUCGGACAAGUUUUGAAGUUGAUAAAAAGUAAUGUGGUGAAUAUACAAUAGCCUAAACUGGAUCCUGGGUCAGAAUGAGCCUGGCUGUACGCUGGAACUCGUAUGGUCGUUUCACCCACAUAACAUUUAUGCAUGAUCGUCAGUGAACAUGUCGCGGUACAGCGUGGUGACGGUGCUGCUGCUGGGUACCCUCACCAGGGGCAUGCUGCCGGAAGAUGACUUCAGGAUACUCAAUGGACAAGAUCUGCUGGCGACAGACAGCGACGUGUUUGCUGGCGAGGGCGGUGGCUGGUACUCGCAGCUGCUCUUCGAUGUGGCCAGGGAGCAAGUCAUCGUGGGUGCCAGAGACACCCUCUACCGCCUUUCUCUGCGUGGACUCAAGCAGCUCGAGCAGGCGUCCUGGCCGGCGCCGCCAGACAAGGCCAAGCUCUGCCAGGACAAAGGCCAGACGGAGGCGGACUGCCACAACUACAUCAAGGUGCUGCUGGCCUACGGACACAAGCUGUACGCGUGUGGCACGUACGCGUUCAGCCCGAUCUGCAGCUGGAGAGAGAUCGAGUCAAUAAACCUGGUAUCAGAAUGGGUGCCGGGGGUCGCCAGCUGCCCCCACAAUCCCCGCUCCAACGUCACCGCCCUGCUGACCAGCAGUGGGGAGUACUAUGCCGGAACACCUACUGACUUCGCCAGCUCUGACACGGCGAUAUGCAGAACCCGUGGCGCUGCAACCACGGACCCUGGCAUGCUGCGCACCACGCAGUACGACCUCAACUGGCUGAACGAGCCCCAAUUCGUGGGUUCCUUCGAGGACGACCGAUACGUGUACUUCGUGUUCAGGGAGAUCGCGGUGGAGUACCUUAAUUGUGGCAAGACAAUAUACUCGCGUAUCGCUCGCGUGUGCAAAAAUGAUCAGGGCGGCCACCUGAUGAUGAAAGACAACUGGACGACCUUCCUCAAGGCGAGGCUGAAGUGUUCCGUGCCGGGCGACCUGCACUUCGACUACGACGAGAUACAGAGCGUCGAGUAUGUGGCCGACGAGAAGAUACUUGUGGCUGUGUUCACUACGCCCACUAACAGCAUAGCCGGCAGCGCGGUCUGUAUAUACAACAUGUCGGAUGUCCACGCGGCAUUCGAAGGGCCCUACAAGGUCAAGGAUUCCCCCACCUCCACGUGGGAAGCCAGAUCGCCGUCCCGGGAGACGAGAGAGCACUUCAGAUGUAAUUUGGAUAUGAGGGGCCAACAGGCGAUAGAAUACCACAAAUACCACCUAAUGUACGACUACGUACAACCUAUAUCAGGCGAACCAGUCUACAAAGCGACUUUAGAGCGCUUUGCACACGUCACCGUAGAUGUCGCGGCGACAAAAACCGCGCGACAACUUGUCGCGUUCGUCGCUACGGAGAACAAUGACGUCAUCAAGAUGGCGAUUCUGCCGAGCUACGAUGGCGCGUGUGUCGUCGAAAUAUGGCGGUUCGGGGAGACGUUUGAUAUACUGAAUAUGCAGUUUGUGAAAGAUACUAUAUCAGUCUACAUGGGCACGAGCACGCGCGUGGUACGUGCGGCCGCGGCGCACUGCGGGCGAUACGCGUCACGUGCGGGCUGCCUGCACGCCGCCGACCCGCACUGCGGCUGGGACGCGGCGUCACAGCGCUGCGUGCGUGUACGCGACGCACGACACAUCGAGCAGGCUCUGACAUGCCCCGCUGGCAAUGCCCCAGUCGACGGCGGUUGGUCAUCGUGGUCGGAGUGGGCACCCUGCAUGCAGGACGGCACGGGCGGCGGCGCGUACGGCGAAGAGCCCGACAUGUGCGAGUGUCGGACGCGCCGCUGCGACAACCCCAAGCCGGCGCACGGCGGACAGAACUGCAAAGGUGUCAGCAUAUCCGUCACCAACUGCACGAUGCACGGCGGGUGGUCGUCGUGGUCGGCGUGGUCGGCGUGCAGCGCGUCGUGCGGCAUCGCGGUGAAGUCGCGACGGCGCGCGUGCACGUCGCCCGCGCCUCGACACGCCGGCCGCGUGUGCGUCGGCCUCGACCAGCAGGACAUGUACUGCUCCAGCCUGCCGCCGUGCCCAGAUCCGGCGCUAGCCCCAGUAGAUGGGGCGUGGAGCGCGUGGGGGGCGUGGUCCGCCUGCACAGCUAACGGCGCUCAAUGUGGCGCGGGCGUGCGCGAGCGUCGCAGAUCUUGCUCCGCCCCUGCACCGUCGCGAGGAGGCGCUGACUGCGAGGGCGCCCCCGUCGAUCGCCAGCCGUGCGAACUCCGCCCCUGCGAUGUUAGAAAGGCUACAGCUUGGACGCCCUGGGUUCAUAUACCAGGAAAUACAUCAGAUGGCAGCUACACCGAGAAGAGAUUCAAGUUCCUAUGUAAGGCGCCUGCGCCGGAGCAGUUGAGGCUAUCGAUAGCCCGUGAAGAAGAGCGGUACUGCACCGCGUCGGGGGCGUGUUCGGGCGACGAGGACGGGUGGGAGGCGUGGGGCGCGUGGGGCGCUUGCUCCGCCCCCUGCGGCGGGGGGCAGCAGGCGCGCUCGCGCAGAUGCAGGCGAGCCUCGUGCUCCGGCCCAGCGGAUAUGUUGCGCGCGUGUAACACGCAUGCUUGUCAGGGCGAGUGGUCGUGCUGGAGCGACUGGAGCGAGUGCACCGGCGGGUGCGGCGCGGGUGCGGGCGCGGGGGCGGGGCACCGCACGCGCACGCGCAUGUGUCUCUCGCCCGACGGCUGCGCGGACGCCGGCGCCGCGCUCGAGCGGAGAGUCUGCCUCAGCAACUGUAACGACCUACAAUCCGACGUGGGAUGGGGUGAUUGGGGGGAGUGGGGGGAGUGCACUGGCGGCGAGCGCGUGCGGCGGCGGUCGUGCGCGUCGGGCGCGUGCGUCGGCCCGCAGCUGCAGGUCGCCGUGUGCGGACAGGACUUGGACAACGAACUAUACGCGAUGCCGGCGUACAGUCAGAACGUGGAGAUGGCGUCGUUCGUGACCACAUCGACCCAGGAGUCCCUGAGCAUAGGCGGCAUUAUCGGCUGCGUGAUCGCGGCGUUUGUUAUGGGUGGCGUGGUCUGCCUGGCCGGCGUCAUAGUCUGUCAGCGGCGCGGGCUGUGGCAGCGGGCGCCGCGCGUGCCCUCCAGCCCCCACUACAUCACCGCCAAACAGAACAGCUACGUGACAGUGCCGCUGCGUGACGUGCCUCCCCGCAAGGCGAAGCGUCAACCGUCCUUCUCCGGCACCAGCCUCGUCCUCAAGAGUAAUAACCUGUCCAACAACCACAACACGGCGGUCACACCCAAGCUGUACCCCAAGGCCAUCGCCAACGAAUACGACUCCAUGGGAACCCUGCGGAGACACUCCAACCAGCCCAACAACAAGACAGACGUUGAGGAGGAUAAGUUUUAUUGAGUUGGUUUGGGUGUGUUCUUAAAUAUGACCCAGUGUACUGGCCAGUGCUUGAGAUGUCAUAUUAUACGCCAUAUUAUAAUUAUUGUUCUGGUGAGCCGCCGGUGUGACGUAUAAUAAUGACGUGCCAAACGUACGUCAAUGCACUGGCGUAUAUUUUGAAACGUAUCAACAAUAUGGCGUCUAUUGCAGAUGUCGUGAGCACUGAGCUAUUUUUAUAUCCAGAAUCGACGCCAUCGCUCAUGAUUGGAAUUUCAUAAUAUUAUCUGACUGAUUUUUUGUAUGACGAACACAUUGUAUGUUCUAUUCUUCUCCUACAAAAAAACGGUCAUUGUUAUUAUGGGUUGGUCUGUCCGAUGUAUUACAAGUUCGACCCUAUGUAUAUUAAAAUAAGAUUCAAAAUGUAAUACAGGAGUUUUCGACUGUACUGUGCCAAUAAUAUUACGUAAGAACAACAAAACAACGUAAAGUGUGAACAAGCCUUAUCUUCAGAGAACGAAAUAAUGGCCCGUACACAAUAAAAGGUAGAAUUAAAAAAUGUCUUAAUCCUAAGUAAAAAAAUGAGUAAGCUUACUGUACACAACUACAGUACGUGUGUCCGGUACACAACUAUAACUAAAUUAUUUGAUAGGUAUAUAAUAGAAUAGCUAUUCUAUAGAGAUACUGAAUGUAUCCGAAAGACAUUAGAUACGUGGUUAAACUGACUAAAUAUUUAAUUUAAAAAUUGCAAAGACAAAAUAAAGACAUGUCAGCGCUAUCACGACCAUACUACAUUGAUGUGUAAAAUAUAGAUGUAGCUGUGUUGACAGGUGACAUCUAGAUAUGUCAUACCCACGUCAGAUUCUUUGAUAUUCUCUGAGGUCUAAUUUAUUUACGUCGAGUUUAGAAAAGUGAGCCUUAUGUGCAAGGAAUAAAGGUCUUGCCAGUAAAAUAUUAACUGGACUAUAAAUGUAAAAGAUAUGAUCAAAUAAGUUACACGUGUCUUAUAUUUAUUGUAAAGACGUUAAGUUAGACGCUAUCGACAUUAGCUUGAUGAGAAAUGAUAUAAUGGAGUCACGAAAAAUAAUAUUUCUCUCUCAAAUAUG